UCUCUAAAACAUAUUGGCAUAAUAUAAAUUUAAACGUUUAUAAUAAUUGGAAUACUUAUUUCAAAAUAAUUUUAAAAAUGACACUUAGAUUCCUAACUUUGAUAUUAUUCAUUAUAAAUAUUUUUCUUGGAGUUGGCAUUGUUAAUUGUUUCAUAACACAAAAAGAGUAUGCAAUUUAUUUUAAAGAAGUAACGAAAUACAUAAGUGAUAAAUUAACAAAGAUAAACCUGGAACAUAUAUCAGUUAGUAUAUCAAAAGAUGAAAUUAUAAGCAUAGAAGAUGCCCUAAAAUAUAAAACAGAGAAUAAUAAUGAAUUAUUAAUUAAAUAUAACAUCAUAGUUGAUUUUCUCAACUAUUUAUUUUCUAAAGAACUACAAAAUUUUACCGAACACUUAAAAAUAAUUUCAGAUGAUUGUGACAUUUUUUUUAAAGAAAAUUCAUUUGAGAAUGCGACUUAUUGCACAAUAGGACUUUUCAAUGCAGCUAAAAAUUCAAAUCUUAUGUUUGAAUAUUUAUAUAAAGCUAUUAUAUUUAUUGACUAUUUAGACGUAAAAUUAGUGCUAAGAAACUCGAUUCAUCCAAAAACGAUAGUAGAAGAAAUUUAUACUGUUAAAAACUAUAUCUUUUUAAUGAAAACGCGAGAAAUUUAUAAUUAUGUAAAUAAUGCCGGAAAUAUUAAAAUAGAAGUACUUUUAAAAGACUUUAUUGAAAUAAAUAAUUUCGUUGAUAAAAUAGUUGCAAUAACAGAUUCAAUUAAUAAAAAAAAUGUUACUAUUAUAAAUAGUAGAACGGAAUUUAAUUUACGAAUAAAGUACUAUGGUGAAUACAUUAAUAAUAAGUAUGUAAUGAAUUUUGCCGAUUUUGUUAGAGAAAAGCUAUAUCAUUAUUGUUCAGAAACCAUAAAUAACAUUCAUUUGAAAAUAGGAUUUAAUCAGUUGCUUAAUCCUACUAUACCCGAGCUUAUGCCCCCUCAAAACUCCAACCAAAAUGAAGCAAUUAAAGCACUAAACACUUUGUUCCGUGAAGGAGAUUGGAAGCUGUUAAAUCAUAUAAAAAUAAUAAUUGAUGAUGAAAUUAUCACUACUAAUCAAAUUACUCGAGACACUGUAGACGAUUUUAAUUUUAAUAUGAAAAGAAAAUACUUUACACAGCUUAUAAGGUGCAGAUAUACAGAAAUAUUGAAAAAGUAUGACAUUUAUAUGUCUGCUGUUAUACAAAUAUGCAAAUAUGAAAAGUCCAACAAUUUAAAUAACUUUGUAAAUUGUACUCUUCAAUUUUUUGAAAUGGUUAAUGAUUCAAAAGACAUGUUUAAGUAUAUGUUGUUAGCUUUAGAUAAAUUACAAGCUUCUUAUAUUUGGGAAGUGAUGUAUAAUUCAUAUGCAUGUUUAACGCAAACCUAUAAUUUGUUGAGUAAAUUUUUCUCCGAAAUUGAAAAUCUUAAUUUUAGAAAAAAUGAUUUUAUUAACCUAUCUAUUGAUGAACAAGAAAGGAUGGUAACUAAAUUUUUAAUUAAUUUUCAAAGUGCUCGAAAAGAUUUUACACUAAAAAUUAAGGACGGACUUAACUCUGUUAAUGAAUGUUGCUUGAUUGAUGGCGAAAUUUUAAACAAAAAACAAUUAAUAAGUUCAUGGGAGAGUAUUGUUUCGUCAACUAAUAAUAACAACACACUCGAUCAUCCACUAUUUUUGUAUGAAUAUGGUUUGGAAGACUUUAUGACGUUUUUUAAUAUUGCUAUUAGAAGUGAAUAUAACUGUUUAGGUUUCGAUAAUAUAACUAUUAACAAUUGAAGAAAGUUUUAUAUUUAUCUUAUAUAUUAUAUUAAUGAUCUUGUUAAAAUUUAUAAUUGUUUUUAUUAAGUUUAAUUGUUUUAUUAUAAAAUUUCUGUAGUAAUAUUUUAUUUUUAUUUUAAUAAAAUUAUCAGGACUACGAAAUAUGGCUGAUUAAAUUGUUCAUGAAUCAUAGGAUAUUUUAUAAUAUUUUC